AAUGCGCGGCGCUUCAGAUGCUGAGCUGACGCCGAACGCGACGGACCAGUGAUUCAGUGAAUUUUGCGGUGCGUUUGGAUUUUUGUGCGCAAAGGAUUCCAAAGGACCGAUCAAAAGGGAUUUCCCACCUCCAGCCGUGUUACCCUGUUGGAUGGGUUGACAAGUGAAACUUCGCGAUGCCGAUCAACGACGAAGGUGGCCCCUCAGGGGGCUUGUCCGUCAUCAAGGACGUGAGUGCGGAGGGUCGGCAGCGGCGGGACUCGUCGGCCGUGGCCAACGCCAUCGCCGCCUUCCACCACGCGGCCUCGAGCAUGAUGGGCGGGCGCGGCCGGUCGGAGGCGCCGCACCUGGGCCGGGGCGAGAGCUCGGCCUUCGUGCCCGUCAUCCCCUCGCGCUCUCUGCACGAUCACUCGCCCGGCAGGUCGUCGUCCAGGGACAAAAGUCCCGGGCCGAGCACCUCGGGCGCCUACGGCCGCAAGAGCUUCGACCUGAUGGCCCUGAUGGCCGACAAGCGCAAGGAGCUCGCCCUCAGGGAGGAGGCCAUGCUGGCGGCCAUGCUACCCCGCCCGCCGCCCGGCCUGCUCGAGAACCUGGCCAGUCCGUACCUGCACAUGUCCGCCAUGCGCAACUCGCAGCCCCCGCCGACGGGGCCCCCGGGGGCGGCCGGCGGCCUCAUGCACUCGGCCCCGGCGCCCAGCACCAGCUCCGCGCCGCCGCCCGGCGGGGCUGCCUUCCCCGGCGUCUUCCCGCACCUCGACCGAAGGCUCCUCCGCGCCCCCGGCCGCGCUUCCAGGCCCAAGAAGCAGUUCAUCUGCAAGUUCUGCAACCGGCAGUUCACCAAGAGCUACAAUCUGCUGAUCCACGAGCGGACGCACACCGACGAGAGGCCCUACUCGUGCGACAUCUGCGGAAAGGCUUUCCGCAGGCAGGAUCACCUCCGGGACCAUAGGUACAUUCACUCGAAGGAGAAGCCGUUCAAGUGCACCGAGUGCGGCAAGGGUUUCUGCCAGUCGCGCACCCUGGCCGUGCACAAGAUUCUGCACAUGGAGGAGAGCCCUCACAAGUGUCCAGUGUGCGCUCGCUCCUUCAACCAGCGGUCCAACCUGAAGACGCACCUGCUGACGCACACGGACCACAAGCCGUACGAGUGCACCAGCUGCGGCAAGGUGUUCCGGCGCAACUGCGACCUGCGCAGGCACGCCCUCACGCACACGGUCGGCGACGUGCCCGCCUCGGACUCGCCACCAGGCGUCCCCAGCGGCGCCGGCGGUGGCGCCGACGCCCUCAAAGGGCCGGCUGGGCCGUCGGACCGGCCGGGCACCAGCGCCGAGAUGUUCCGCCAACAGCAGCUGCUGCAGCGCAAGGCCGCCUGCUGGGGGGCCCCGCCGCCCCCGUCGGCCUACCUGCGGCCCAACUACCCUCCGGCCGGGCCCAGCUUCCUCGACCGGCCGUCGGGCCACCGCAUCUUCGGGCCCAAGCCGGCAACCGUGACCAGCGAGGAGGCCGCCGCCGAGGAGACGACCCCGGCGCCGCAGACGAGCCCGCAGAACCUGACGAUCGACGCGAGGCCGUCCGAGCUGGCCGACGACCUCGCCGGCCCGUCGACGUCCGUGGCGCCGCCGGCGCUGUCGCCACCGGCCAAAGUGCAGAGUACAAAGCCCCCGACGCCUCCGCCGCUGCCGGCGCAGAUCAACAGCGGCGUGCCCAACAUCCCGCAGCAGCGCAACCCGCCGCCAAAACUGCAGGGCUUCACCAUCGAGGACAUCAUGCGGAAGUGACCCUCGCACAUUCCCGGUUGAAAAACGUUUUUGAUGCAACGACUAACGCGCUCAAAGUUUUCAUCCUUUGAGGCCUCACUCCCGACCUGAUCCGCAAACAAAGCUUUUGUAAAUAUCACCGAUCUUCAGGAUAUAUAUUUAUAAAUAUAUACAUGAUGUAGGAACGCCAUUUUCGUGUACAUAGAAAAGGCUCCCCAGAGAUUUUUAUACACAUUUUUGUCAAUCACUUUACUAACUCUCGCUAUUCCACCGAAAAAAAGGCCUUUCGUUAACACUUCUCAUUCGUACGUUUCGAAAUGCGGUUUUCGAGAAUUAGCAUGUAAUAACAACCUCUUUUGAUGCCGUUUCUCGGAGCGGUGCGCGGAGUAUGUGUGACAUAAACCGUGAGUGCGUGCAAAGGUACAUAUAUACCGUGAAUUUCACGUGAACGUGUUGUAAAAAAUGUGUGUGUGUGUGCCUUUUUUGCUCUUGUGUCAAUAUGAGCACUAAUGCGCAUUUCAAAGAAGUCCUCUAUUAUAUUUAAUUGUUUGCUUAAAUACGGAAAGCAUAAUAUUUAUCGAGUAGAAAAAGGGAGAUAUUUUAAACACAUAAAAAGCCUGGCCGCGCAAGGGAAAAGCGUCUUUUUCCGAGAAGAGCUGCAGCCCGCGCAGUUGAGUGUCGUCGGUUUUGAGCGAGAGCUGCGCGACGUGGACACCGAUCUCUUCCAACUCAUCAUCAAUCCAUCCAUCCAACAAAUUAAUUUUACAUGCGCGACGCACACCAUGAUACAAACGAUUUUCUUUGCUGUUAGUUGGUCCAGAGUUUAAGAAGAAAAUGUGGUUAUAAGGUUUACUGCUGAGAGAAGUUAUUAAAUUUUGAUACGAUAUUGCCUUUUAAAGUGUACAAACAAACAAUUUUCUGAUACCCUUUUGUGAACAUGUAAAAAAUAAAAAUUUCGCUUUUUUAUUAAAAA